AAAGUCAAAAUCGGCUCAGUCAAAUUCAAACUAGCAAAAACCCCCAAUUUGGAUUAUUUGCAUCAGAAACCUUGUUUCGCUCGAUCCAAAAUCUUCCAAUGGCUGCUCCGGUGGUACGGUUCCCGAUCUUUGCGGUGGUGAGAAUUCUCGGCGUCGCCCUUGCUGCAUUGGUAUUAAUAUGGACCUUUCAUUUCAGAGGUGGAAUGGCUCUCGUCUCCGAUGAUAGAAACCAAAUUUUUAAUGUUCAUCCUGUAGUGCUGCUGAUUGGCCUUGUGGUUCUCAAUGGCGAAGCCAUGCUAGCAUACAAGACUCUGCCAGGAACAAAAGGUUUUAAGAAACUGAUUCAUCUGUCCCUCCAAUUCCUUGUCUUCCUUUUGGGUGUCAUCGGAGUAGUUGUUGUGUGGAAGAAUCGUAUUGAGAGGGGCAAAGAAAAUUUCUAUAGCCUCCACUCAUUGCUGGGCCUUCUGUCGCUUUUCUUGUUUGGAAUUCAGUGGACUCUCGGAUUUUUAACCUUCUAUUAUCCCGGGGGAUCAAGAAACGGUCGAGCUAGCUUGUUACCUUGGCAUGGAUUUAUGGGACACUACAUCUAUGGUCUUUCUGUUAUUACCUGCAUGACUGGUUUUCUAGCGAGGGCGACAUCCCUUCAAACACAUGGGACAAUAUCUCGCUAUUCAGCUGAAGCCAUUCUGAUAAAUUCAAUGGGUGUUUUAACUGUGGUUUUAGCCGGUUUUGUGAUUCUUGGAGUUCAAUCCCCUGUGUACAGAAACGGUGAUAAACUCAACAACACAGGAAAGCCGGUUUUCGAUCUUUGACUUGGACUAGAGUAGCCUAGAUACAAACAUAUCGACUGCACUGACUUUUUUCGCUGCUAAAAGUCGCAUUUAUACAAACAGUUGUUUUUUAUUCAA